GCCCUGCUCACCCCCUGCUCCCCCUCUCCCCGCAGAUGUCCAGGAUAGUGGUCCUCGUGGCGUGGUGUUUCCUGCAAGGGGAAGGCAGGCAUCCCGAGCCCCUGGGCGGCAGUGCCAGGGGCGGCAAUUUCUUGGACAAUGACCAGUGGCUGAGCACCGUCUCCCAGUACGAGAAAGACAAAUAUUGGAACAAGUUCAGGGAUGAAGUUGAGGAUGAUUAUUUCAGAAACUGGAAUCCAAACAAGCCCUUUGAUCAAGCUCUUGAUCCAUCCAAAGAUCCAUGUCUGAAGGUGAAGUGCAGCCCACAUAAAGUGUGCGUCACUCACGACUACGAAACUGCUAUUUGUGUAAGCCGCAAGCAGCUGGUACACAGCCUUCGGCAAAAGAAAGGAAAUCUGGCCCAGAAACAUUGGAUUGGACCAGCUAAUAUAGCCAAAUGCAAGCCGUGUCCAGCGAUGCAUGGCAGCCCUGUCUGUGGUUCUGAUGGACAUACAUACACUGCCAAGUGCAAGCUGGAGUUCCACGCAUGUACUUCUGGCAAAACUAUCUCAGCACGAUGUGAGGGGCCCUGCCCGUGCCUUCCAGGACAGGACCGUCCAAAGCACAAGGCUGAGAAGGCAGCUUGCACAGACAAGGAGCUAAGGAAUCUUGCUUCCCGACUAAAGGACUGGUUCGGAGCACUUCACGAGGAUGCCAACCGCGUCAUCAAGCCAACCAGCUCAGACACAGCGCAAGGCAGGUUUGACACCAGCAUACUACCCAUCUGUAAGGAUUCGUUAGGCUGGAUGUUCAACAAACUCGAUAUGAACUAUGACCUCUUGCUGGAUCACUCGGAGAUCAAUGCCAUUUAUCUUGAUAAGUACGAGCCGUGCAUUAAGCCCCUCUUCAACUCCUGCGACUCCUUCAAAGACGGAAAGCUUUCAAACAACGAAUGGUGCUACUGCUUCCAGAAGCCAGGAGGUCUUCCUUGCCAGAAUGAAAUGAACAGGAUUCAAAAGCUAAGCAGAGGGAAGAGUCUGUUGGGUGCUUUCAUUCCGCGAUGCAACGAAGAAGGCUAUUACAAAGCAACACAAUGUCAUGGAAGUACAGGGCAGUGCUGGUGCGUUGAUAAGUAUGGAAAUGAGAUCGCCGGCUCAAGAAAACAAGGGACAGUCAGCUGUGAAGAAGAACAAGAAACCUCAGGGGAUUUUGGCAGCGGUGGUUCUGUCGUAUUGCUGGAUGAUCUUGAAGAGGAACAUGAAGCAGCAAAAAAGGACAAAGAAGGGAAAUUGAAGAUUCAUGUAAGAGCGGCUAAUGAGGACGAUGAAGAUGAAGAUGAUGAUAAGGAUGAUGAAAUUGGUUAUAUAUGGUAGUUCCCACAGUUCAGAGGACUCACGUUUGCACAAUAUUGCAAGUCACUUCAUAUCUCUGCAAUUGUAUCUAAAAAUACCAGGCACAAAAUAUUCUCGCUCCACUGUUUAAUUUUGUACAGUAUAUAUAAUUUCGGAGAUGGGGUUUUUUUUCUCCAACUAGCUACUGUUUUCAAUACGUUUUACUCCCUUUUUUUUUUCUGGUCCAUCACCAGGGCAAUAAGUUUUGUUUCA